AUGGGAGAAGAGCCUGAGGAGCUUCGAAGCUCGCCGUUUGCCUUCUACGCGUUUUAUCAACUUCACCAACAUCUCAAAGCAACCCCUGUUUCUCGUUUGAGCUUUCAGGACAUCCUUCGUCAGCUGUACCCCGACUACGUUAUGAAGCCAGGUAAAGAGAAGGAGAAGACAUCCCUGUUUAUCACCUGGGAAAAACAAGGAGCCAGUGGGCGUGAGGACUUUCAAUUGCGAGGCUGUAUCGGAACCUUCGCAAGGCCCCCCUUGCUAAAGGGAAUUGAGAGGUACUCCCUCAUAGCAGCGCUGCAAGACGACAGAUUCCCUCCAAUUCGCAAGGGCGAAUUUCCGCGGCUCAAGUGCAGCUGCAACAUCCUACACAACUUUACAACCAUAUACAAGCGGUCGAAGCCGGACGGAGAUAUCUUCGAUUGGGAGAUCGGAGUCCAUGGAAUAGAAUUGAAGUUCGAAGACCCGGGCACUGGGCGUAUCCUAAGUGCGACUUUUCUGCCAGAAGUGAUGCCAGAGCAGGGAUGGGACAAACAGGAAACCUUUCAAGCUCUCAUCGAGAAGGCUGGGUACUACCGCGAUAUCGGCCAAUUGAUUGAUUCUUACGAUGAAUAUUUCGUAGAGGUGUUACGCUACGAAGGCGAUAAGAGUGCUAUAGCCUACGAGGAGUUCUCGCGACAACUUGAACAAGUUAUUUAG